AUGCUGAGCUCGCCUGACUUCUCACUCUCUCAGUAUGAGGUUUCUUCUCGAAACGGAUUCCUGCCGGAAGCGCCUCUACAGCCCUUGCAAGAUCCUUACUACGCACCGUGGGAAGCUGCUGCCAGAGACUUGACUGCAAGUAUUGCGACUGGCAAACUCAGACAGGCCGUAGACAGCCUCCCUGUCUUAUCGACCUCCGAGUUGCAAGCAGAAUCAGAAUGGAGGAGAGCAUAUGUUAUACUCGCCUACCUUACACAUGCCUAUGUCUGGGGUGGUGAACAGCCCAAGGAUAGCUUGCCUCCUGCAAUCUCCAUACCGUUCCUAGAGGUAUCUAGCCAUCUAGAGCUACCUCCCUGCGCCACCUAUGCCGCCCUCAACCUCUGGAACUUCGCAACCUCAUCUCCCACCUCAGAUCUUACCUGCGUUGAUGACUUAUCCGUGACAUUAUCGUUCACCGGGACGAAAGACGAGCAAUGGUUCUUCAUGAUCUCCGUCGCAAUGGAGGCCAGGGGAGCACAGCUGAUCCAGCUUAUGCUUGACACAAUCCGCGCUGUGACUGCCGAUGACAAACAGCGAGUGACAGGAAACCUCAUCCAGGUGAGAGAAGGCAUCCGGGAAAUAGGCGCGAUCCUCGAACGCAUGUAUGAGCAUUGCCGUCCCGCUGUUUUCUUCCAUCAGCUCCGUCCCUACCUUGCUGGCAGCAAGAACAUGGCCGCUGCUGGCCUACCCAGCGGUCUCUUCUACGACGUUGGCGAAGGAAAGGGCGAGUGGCGUCAACACAGCGGUGGCAGCAACGCCCAGAGCUCUCUUAUCCAAACUCUCGAUAUCUUCCUCGGCGUGGAACAUUCGGCUACUGGAGACCCAACCGGCCAACGCUCCAAGACCCAGCCCCCUGUCAAAGGUGGAUUCAUCAAGGAGAUGCGGAAUUACAUGCCCGGCCCUCAUCGCCGCUUCCUGGAGAUGCUGACUCGGAAUUCUAACAUUCGCACAUUCGCAAUGAGCCACAAGCUCGACUCCCCAGUCCGAGACGCAUACAACGCCGCUGUCAUGGCAAUGGGCGUGUUUCGUGAUAAGCACAUUCAGAUCGUGACAAGGUACAUCAUCAUGGCCUCAAAGCUGCCGCCCCCUGAGAAAGAACCUAUUCGGUGGAACUUGGCCUCUUCGACCAGUGAUAAGAUGAAGAGCUCGGAUGUGGAUGUCUCCGAGGGGGUCAGCGGAACUGGUGGAACAGAUCUAAUCCCAUUCCUCAAACAGACACGAGAUGCCACCAAGGCGGCAGCUAACUAUGCUGACUGA